GGAAGCGCAAGCUUAUCUUGUAUCUCAUCGCUGUUCAUAGCUCAAGGUAAAAUGGAGAUGACUAAUUCUGCAGAGAGAAAGCCACAUGCCGUGUUGACCCCAUAUCCAGUUCAAGGCCAUAUCAAUCCAUUGUUCAAACUAGCAAAGUUGCUUCAUCUGAGAGGCUUUCACAUAACCUUUGUCCACACUGAAUACAACCACAAACGCUUGAUCAAAUCAAGGGGUUCUAAUGCACUUGAUGGCCUCUCAGAUUUUCAUUUUGAGACUAUUCGAGAUGGUCUUCCCACAACAGACGAAGAUGCUGAUGUCACUCAAGACAUAGUGUCCCUUUGUAAAUCAGUGAGAGAGAACUUUCUCACACCCUUUCGUGAUCUUCUUGCUAAACUCAAUCAUUCUGCCACUCCUGUUACUUGCUUGGUUUCUGAUUGUGCCAUGACUUUUACUCUACAAGCUGCUCAAGAACUUUCACUCCCUAUUGUUCUAUUUCCACCGGCCAGUGCUUGUUCCUUAUUGGCUGUUAUGCACUACCGCACUCUUUUUGAUAAAGGUCUCAUACCACUCAAAGAUGAGAGUUAUUUGACAAAUGGAUAUUUGGACACAAAAGUGGAUUGGAUUCCAGGUAUGAAAAACUUUAGGCUGAAGGACUUUCCUGACUUUAUACGGAGUACAGAUCGAAACAACUUUAUGGUAGAAUUCCUCAUGGAAGUGGCAGAUAAUAUGCACAGAGCCUCUGCUAUUAUUAUAAACAGUUUUGAUGAACUUGAGAAAGAUGCAUUGAAUGUUCUCUCCUCCAUGCUCCCUUCUCUUUACCCCAUUGGACCUUUUCCUUCAUUUUUAAGUCAAAGUCCACAGAACCACUUGGCAUCUUUAGGUUCCAAUCUUUGGAAGGAAGAUACUGAGUGUCUUGAAUGGCUUGAAUCCAAGGAAGCAAAGUCUGUUGUUUAUGUGAAUUUUGGUAGCAUCACAGUUAUGUCUCCACAGCAACUUUUGGAGUUUGCUUGGGGUUUGGCCAACAGCAAGAGACCCUUUCUUUGGAUUAUUAGGCCUGAUCUUGUCAUUGGUGGCUCGGUGAUUUUGUCAUCUGAGUUUGUCAAUGAAACUUCGGAUAGAGGCCUAAUAGCAAGCUGGUGUCCACAAGAGCAAGUUCUGAACCACCCUUCAAUUGGUAUGUUCUUGACACAUUGUGGAUGGAACUCAAUAACUGAAAGCAUUUGUGCUGGUGUGCCAAUGUUGUGUUGGCCAUUUUUUGCGGAUCAACCAACAAACUGUAGACUUAUUUGCAAUGAAUGUGGUGUUGCGAUUGAAAUCGGUGGCAAUGUGAAGAGAGAGGACGUGGAGAAAAUGGUGAAUGAAUUGAUGACGGGAACGAAAGGAAAGAAAAUGAGGCAAAAGGUCAUGGAGUUGAAGAAAAUGGCAGGGGAGAACACGAGGCCUGGUGGUGCUUCAUACAUGAACUUGGAAAAAGUUAUUAGUGAAGUGUUACUUAAACAAAAUUAGAUUAAAGAGCUGUUUUUUUCUUUUUUUCCCGCAAAGCAGUACUGUGAUAAUUAAGUGAUCUUCUCUUGAAUUUGUUGCUUUGUGAAGCAAAAAUGAUGCACCAGUUAGAAUUGGUAGUUAUAUUUAAAAUAUAUAUAAGCUUUAUAAUUAAAUUGUUUUA